UAUAGGCCAAGCAAUAAGCCACAUGAAUUCGUAAUGGUACCAACUGUCAGUACGAUGAAACAACGUAACUCUCCCACACUAUAAUACUUUUCUCAACAAGCUGACAAAGUGGGCUAGAACACAUCUCUUCUUCUCCAGCAUGCUGGGAACUAUAGGACGGAAAUAGCGAGGGAAAAAAAAGGUUCGACACACACUGCUUGACUUACCAACAGAGUUAAAGAGGUGAAGUUAAUUGGGCCACGGCUUUCUGGGGAAAAGAAGAAGCAGACGCAAGCUAACUGUCAGAGCACGACCGUCAUCGACAACUCCCCACUCACAAUUCUCUCACAGGGGAGAGAUCUCUUGCAGGAUUAAUGCCAUAAAUUUAGUAGUGGGUCUACAACAAUGUUUUACCGUACCAACAAUCGCAUUCGCAUAUCGUCUGCUAGACUGCUACUAGACCACAUGCUUGGCUGAUGGUAAAACAGUCAUGCAAGAGGGAAAAAUGGACUUCUCGCACACGUGGAAAGCAGUGGAGCCCUGUUUAAAAUAUACCGAAAACCCCAAGUUUGGUGUUCCUCCGGAGAAACCAAACUUAUAUCUUAGGACGUUGGGUGAGCCAAUGGUGGAAUCAUUCAACUUUUUGUUCCAUGGAGGACUAAGAAAAGCCGCGAAUGAUAUGCUACCAGUAGAAUUUGAAUUGAAAAAUGGCCAGAAGAUCAAGCUUAAGAUUAACGGCAUCAGCAUUCAAAAACCAGAAGUUAGUGAAUCUGUAACUCCUGCACCUAAAAUCAGUGCUGUGUAUCCCAAGGAAUGUCGAUUAAGACAUACAACUUACAAGGGAAAGCUAAUGGUGAAAGUUGGGUGGGCUAUCAACAAUAAAGCACAAAUUCCAUUUGAAAGAUGUUUGGGAGAAAUUCCAAUAAUGGUGGGCUCCGACAUCUGUAAUCUAGCAGGUGCCAGUCCCAAAGAGAUGGUUGAAAAAGGUGAACAUGAGCAAGAAUGGGGUGGCUAUUUCAUUGUUAAGGGCCACGAGCGCAUUCUGCGCAUGUUGACAGCAACGCGCAAGAAUUACCCAAUAGCAGUGCAACGUGACAUUUGGAAAGGGCGCGGAAAACUUUUUACGGAUAAGGGUGUCUAUUUACGCUCCGUCAAGGAGGAUUUCACAUCUACAAACAAUGUGCUGCACUACUUGUCCAACGGCACUAUGAAGUUGAUGUUUUCUUUCCGAAAAGCCAUCUACGUCUUUCCGAUUGUUUUGAUUAUGAAAGCCCUCAUUGAUUGUCCCGAUUCCUACAUUUACGAACAGCUUACGCAAAGUAUGGGGCAAGACCUAUAUUACAAGGAUCGAAUUUCCUUCAUGCUUCGACAGCUGCAGCAAGAAGGACUUUAUUCACGAACUCAAGUACGGGAUUAUAUUGGACGCAAUUUUCGUCUCAAAAUGCAUGAAUUGCCGAACUGGUAUACUGACGAAGAAGUCUGCCAGGUCCUUCUAAACAACUCCGUGGCUAUUCAUUUGUCGAACGACGUAGAUAAAUUCCAUUUACUUGUGUUUAUGACACGCAAAUUAUUCGCCUUCGCGCAAGGAAAAUGUGCCCAGGAAGGGAUGGAUCCAGUGAUGAUGCAAGAAGUCACUUUAGCCGGACACGUGUAUUUACAGUUGCUCAAAGAUCGAUUGGGUGCAUGGUUGAAUGUAUUGAAGUAUAUUAUAUUGAAGAGACAACGGGCGGUUAAAAACUUUACAUUCAAUCAAAGCGAAAUGGGUUCUUUGUUGGGAAGAUGUAGCAAGUUGGAUUCCUCCUUUGAGAAUGUUUUUGCUACCGGAAACUUACCUAGCAGUGCUGAUUUGGGACUGCAGCAAACUUCUGGUUUGAGUAUUAUCGCCGAAAAUAUCAAUCGUAUGCGUUAUAUGUCCCAUUUUCGCGCCAUUCAUCGAGGAGCCUCUUUCAUGACCUCAAGAAGCUCUGAAGUGCGACAGUUAAAGCCAGACGCUUGGGGUUUCCUUUGCCCCGUUCAUACCCCUGACGGCUCGCCUUGUGGCCUUCUCAAUCACUUGACUUCAACUUGCCACGUGGUAAACAAGGCUCCUGAUACGUCCAAGUUACCGGAACUAUUUGCUGAACUUGGAAUGACGCCCGUGAGCGAAACAAAGAUCGACAAUGAUUUUGCGACCUGCUUUGUUGUUAUGUUAGAAGGUCGCAUUGUAGGUCGGGUUUCUGACAAGUGUGCUUCGCGCUUUGUAGACAAAUUACGGAUGCUGAAAGUGCGCGGAGAGCAGGUACCUAACACCUUGGAGAUCGCUUUCGUACCCCGCACUCGGAAUGGCCAGUAUCCGGGUAUUUUCAUUUUCGCUGCCCCUGCCCGUAUGAUGCGUCCCGUUUACAAUAUUGCUGCUGGAGCUGUCGAAUUAGUUGGUACAUUUGAGCAAGUCUACUUGAAUAUAUGCAUCACGGAUGAAGAACAUCACGAAGGCAUUACCACCCACCGAGAGCUAAGCGAAACGAGCUUCCUUAGCAAUUUGGCCUCGCUCAUCCCUUUGCCGGAUUUUAACCAGAGCCCUCGUAACAUGUACCAGUGUCAGAUGGGUAAGCAAACAAUGGGUACUCCAGUACACAAUUGGCGUAAUCAAACAAACAGCAAACUGUACCGGCUUCAGACACCCACGACACCUUUUUUGAGGCCAGCGCAUUGGGAUCGAAUCAACAUGGAUGACUUUGCUAUGGGAACCAAUGCAAUUGUUGCUGUUAUUUCUUACACCGGUUACGACAUGGAAGACGCCAUGGUCAUCAAUCGAGGAUCGCUUCAGCGCGGCUUUGCUCAUGGACAAGUUUAUAAAUCCGAAGUUAUCGAUUUGAAAGAAUGCUGAGAAAUCGGCUGCUCAGGUGGGUGUUUUUAUGUCCGAUAUUUUCAACGCAAUCCAGCGGAGCCGGCAUUGCAGCAGUUUCUCGAUGCAGACGGAUUACCUUACCCAGGGACGCACCUACAGGAAAAUGAUCCCUAUUACUGUUACUUCGUAUUGGAGACGGGAAAGUAUGUUGUAAAGCGCUACAAAGGCAAUGAGCCAAUGUACGUUGAAAACGUCUUCCUCAUCGGAUCCGAUGGGCAACCAGGAAUGAACAAAGCUACCAUUUGCUUUCGCAUCCCACGUAACCCUCAAAUUGGUGACAAGUUUGCUAGUCGAGCUGGUCAAAAGGGUAUUUGCAGUCAACAGUGGUUAAGCGAAGAUUUACCCUUCACAGAAAGUGGUUUAGUACCCGACAUCGUCUUCAAUCCUCACGGCUUUCCAUCGAGAAUGACAAUUGCCAUGAUGAUCGAGUGUAUGGCCGGUAAGUCUGCCGCUGUACAUGGAAUCGUCCAUGAUGCAACUCCUUUCCGUUUUUCCGAAGAAAAUACUGCCAUCGAUUAUCAUGGAAAGUUAUUGGAGGAAGCUGGCUACAACUACUACGGAACGGAGAAAUUGUACAGUGGAAUCGACGGAAGAGAAAUGGAAGCCGACAUUUUCUUUGGCGUUGUCCAUUAUCAGCGUCUUCGUCACAUGGUUUCUGACAAAUUCCAGGUCCGAAGCGUGGGAGCAGUGGAUCACGUAACAAGCCAACCCAUUAAGGGUCGUAAACGGGGUGGAGGUGUCCGUUUUGGUGAAAUGGAACGCGAUGGGUUGGUCUCUCACGGAGCUUUAUACCUGCUAUAUGAUCGAUUAUUCAAUUGUUCUGAUCAAUCAACGAUGGAUGUAUGUCGAGUUUGUGGAAUUUUCCUACCACCGCUUACUUCAAGUACAAGGCGAGGGAACUAUCAUUCCCGCAACGUUUUACUGAAAUGUAACAUUUGUCCAGAUGGAGGAAAAAUCGAAGAAAUCAUGGUACCUGCGGUUUACAAGUAUAUGAUCGCUGAAAUGGGCUCGGUUAACUUAAGAGUCUGCAUGAAACCUGCAAGUGUAUGA